AUGAAUAAAGUCAUCUGCGUUGUUUUGCUCUCUAACGUCUGGAUCUAUUUCUGCGAAGGAGUGGACCCUUGCUGUGCACAACCAUGUGAAAAUAGGGGCUUAUGUAAUUCAAAAGGCUUCGACGACUAUGAGUGUGAAUGCACAAGAACUGGAUAUUAUGGAAAGAACUGCACAACUCCUGAAUUCCUAACAUGGAUAAAGAUAUCAUUGAAACCAGCCCCGAACACUGUGCACUACUUCCUUACACACUACAAAGGGGUGUGGAAUGUCAUCAACAAGAUCACUUUCGUGAGAAAUGCUAUCAUGAGCUAUGUCUUGACAUCCCGCUCACAUUUGGUGGACAGCCCACCGACUUACAAUUCUGAUUAUGGCUACAAGAGCUGGGAAGCUUACUCCAACCUGUCUUACUAUACACGGACCCUUCCCCCAUUGCCAAAGGGCUGUCCUACACCUAUGGGAACUGCAGGAAGAGCCGUGCUUCCAGAUGCCAAGCUUGUGGUGGAGAAGGUUAUGUUGAGGAAGCGGUUCAUUCCGGAUCCUCAGGGUUCCAAUCUUAUGUUCGCCUUCUUCGCCCAGCACUUCACCCACCAGUUCUUCAAAUCAGACUUCAAGAAAGGACCAGCUUUCACCAAAGCCUUGGGCCAUGGCGUGGACUUACACCAUGUCUAUGGAGACACUCUGGAGAGACAGCACAAGCUGAGGCAGUUCAAGAAUGGCAAACUGAAGUAUCAGGUUGUGAAUGGCGAGGUCUACCCCCCAUUGGUAAGGGAGGUUGGGGUUGAGAUGCACUAUCCACCCCACGUGCUCGAGGAGCACCGCUUCGCUGUGGGCCACGAGCUUUUCGGCCUGCUCCCCGGUCUCAUGAUGUACGCCACCAUCUGGCUGAGAGAGCACAACCGCGUCUGUGACGUCAUGAUGCAGGAGCAUCCCGAAUGGGACGACGAACGCAUUUUCCAGACCACACGCCUCAUCCUAAUUGGCGAGACCAUAAAGAUCGUGAUCGAGGACUACGUCCAGCACCUGAGCGGCUACCACUUCCAGCUCAAGUUCGACCCGGAGCUCCUGUUCAACCAGCGCUUCCAGUACCAGAACCGUAUUGCAGCUGAGUUCAAUACCCUGUACCACUGGCACCCACUAAUGCCUGACACCUUCAACAUCGAGGGCCGCGCCUACACCUACCCCCAGUUUGUCUUCAACAACUCCCUGGUUACAGAGCACGGCAUCAACAACCUGGUGGAGUCCUUCACCAAGCAGAUCGCUGGAAGGGUGGCUGGUGGACGUAACCUGCCUCCUUCAGUAGUGGGCGUGGCAGCUAAGGCCCUGGAGCACAGCAGAGACAUGCGUUACCAGUCCCUCAACGCCUACAGGAAACGCUUCAACAUGAGGGCCUACUCCUCUUUCGAGGAUCUCACAGGAGAGAAAGAGCUGGCUGCGGAGCUGGAGAGUCUAUAUGGGGAAGUGGAUGCUGUGGAGCUGUACCCAGGCCUUCUGGUGGAGCGCCCCAGACCUAACUCUGUCUUCGGGGAGACUAUGAUCGAAAUGGGCUCCCCCUAUUCCCUGAAAGGUCUCCUGGGAAACCCCAUUUGCUCGCCGGAAUACUGGAUGCCCAGCACUUUCGGAGGGAUUGUGGGCUUUGACAUCGUCAACACUGCUUCAUUGGAGAGGCUGGUGUGCAGCAAUGUCAAAGGUCCUUGUCCUAUGGUGUCUUUUCAAGUGCCAGAUUUUUUUAGAGUGUUUGAGCAGGCGUCAGCCAACGCAAGCGAGACACACCCGAGUGACGUGAACCCAGGUGUUCUGCUGAAAGAAAGGACUUCAGAGCUUUAA